AUGAGUGCGGCUGCUGAUAAAAAGCCACUUGUUCUUGAAAACACUUCUCGUAGAGAUGCUCUUAUUGAGAUUGAAAAGAAGUACCAGAAGGUCUGGAAGGAUGAGAAGGUAUUUGAGGUCAACGCCCCAACCUUCGAUGAAGCCAAGUUCGGAGAGCCCUCCGAAGAUUUGGAGGCAAAGUUCCCCAAGUACUUCAGCAGCAUGGCUUAUCCAUACAUGAACGGUGUUCUGCAUGCAGGUCACUGUUUUACUCUUUCCAAGGUUGAGUUUGCUGUUGGAUUUGAGCGUAUGAGAGGAAAGCGUGCUCUUUUUCCACUGGGAUUCCACUGUACUGGUAUGCCUAUCAGUGCAUCUGCUGAUAAGCUUGCCAGAGAGGUCGAACAAUUUGGUGCUGAUUUCUCCGGAGCUCCAGCUGCUGAUUUGGAAGAGGCUCCCAAGAAGGAAGAGCCAAAGGCCGCUCGUGAGGACGUUUCAAAGUUCACUGCUAAGAAGUCCAAGGCUGUUGCCAAGCAAGGCCGUGGAAAGUACCAGUUCGAGAUAAUGCAACAACUGGGAAUUCCGACGGAGGAAAUUUCUAAGUUUGCUGACCCAUACCAUUGGCUCACGUUCUUUCCCCCAGUUACUGAGCAUGACGUGACCUCGUUUGGUGCCCGUGUCGAUUGGCGUCGUUCCAUGAUUACCACUGACAUGAACGCUUACUACGAUGCCUUCGUCAGAUGGCAAAUGAACCGCCUCAAGGACUUGGGAAAGAUCAAGUUUGGAGAGAGAUACACCGUGUACUCUAUCAAGGAUGGACAACCAUGUAUGGACCACGAUAGACAGACUGGUGAGGCCGUUACUCCACAGGAGUACACUGGAAUCAAGAUCCAGAUCACCGAGUUUGCCGCAAAUGCGCAGGAGACCAUUUCCAAGGCUGGUGUUUCUACUGAUGGAAAGAAGUUCUUUCUGGUUGCUGCCACUUUGAGACCUGAAACCAUGUAUGGCCAGACCUGUUGUUUCGUCUCUCCAAAGAUUAAAUACGGUAUCUUUGAUGCUGGAAACGGCAACUACUACAUUUGCACCGAGCGCUCGUUCAAGAACAUGUGCUACCAGAAGCUGACACCAAAGCGUGGUGACUUCUCCUCCGUUCUUGAUAUCCAGGGUUCUGACUUGAUCGGAUCCAAGAUCCACGCUCCUUUGUCCAAGUACCCUGAGCUGAGAGUCUUGCCCAUGGAGACUGUUUUGGCCUCUAAGGGUACCGGUGUUGUCACAUGUGUUCCAUCCGACUCCCCAGAUGAUUUCAUCACCAUGAAGGAUCUUUACAACAAGCCUGAGUACUACGGCAUUGAGAAGGAGUGGGCCGACGUUGAGGCUGUGGCCAUCGUCAAGACCGAGAAGUACGGUGAAAAGUGUGCAGAGUUUUUGGUCAACGAACUGAAGAUAAACUCUCCAAAGGACUCCGUACAACUUGCUAAGGCCAAGGAGUUGGCUUACAAGGAAGGUUACUACAACGGUGUUAUGUUGCUUGGGAAAUACGCUGGUGAGAAGGUUGAGGCUGCUAAGCCAAAGGUCAAGGCCGAUCUUGUUGCAUCUGGUGAUGCCUUCGUUUAUAACGAGCCUGAAUCCCUGGUUGUUUCCCGUUCUGGUGACGAGUGUAUCGUUUCUCUGGAAGACCAGUGGUACUUGGACUACGGCGAAGAGCACUGGAAGGCCCAAGCCAUCGAUGCUCUUCACAGCAUGAACACUUUCAGUUCUGAGAGUGAGAAUGCUUUUGAAGGUGUCUUGGACUGGCUGAGAAACUGGGCCGUUUCCAGAUCGUAUGGUCUCGGAACCAGGAUCCCAUGGGAUCCAAAGUGGUUGGUCGAGUCUCUUUCGGACUCCACUGUCUACCAGUCUUUCUACACAAUCAACCACUUGCUCCACACCGACUACUAUGGUAAGGACAUUGGUCCUUUGGGAAUCACUCCCGAGGAGAUGACCGAUGAAGUGUUUGACUACGUCUUCUGCCGUCGCGAUGACAUUGAGUCAUCCAUCCCAGUCGAGAAAUUGAACAUCAUGCGCAGAGAAUUUGAGUACUUCUACCCAUUGGAUGCUUCUGUCUCCGGUAAGGACUUGAUUCCAAACCAUUUGACUUUCUUCAUCUAUGUCAAUGUUGCUCUGUUCCCAAAGAAAUUCUGGCCAAGAGGUAUCCGUACCAACGGUCACUUGUUGCUGAACAACGCAAAGAUGUCCAAGUCCACUGGUAACUUCCUCACUUUGGAACAGAUCGUCGAGAAGUUUGGUGCUGAUGCUUCGCGUAUUGCCCUUGCUGAUGCUGGUGACACCAUUGAGGAUGCCAACUUUGACGAGAGUAAUGCCAACGCCGCCAUCUUGAGAUUGUAUAACCUGAAGGAAUGGUCCGAGGAGGUGGUCAAAUCCACCAGCUUGCGUACCGGUGCGUACGACCCAUUUUUCGACAAGGCAUUUGAGAACGAGAUGAACUCAUUGAUAGAAGAGACCUACAAGCAGUACGAGUUGACCAACUACAAGAAUGCUUUGAAGUCGGGUCUGUUCGACUACCAGUACGCCCGUGACUUCUACCGUGAAUCUACUUCCACCAUCGGAAUGCACAAGGACCUUGUUCUGCGUUACAUCGAGACCCAAGUCCUUCUGCUUGCUCCAGUUGCCCCACAUUUUGCCGAGUACAUCUACCGUGACGUUUUGGGCAAGGAAGGCUCUAUCCAGACUGCAAAGUUCCCUACGGUGAGCGAACCAGUCUCCAAGAGCAGACUCGAUGCCCUGGAGUAUGUCCGUAACAUGUCGAGAGCGAUCAGAGAGGCCGAAGGUGCUGCUUUGAAGAAGAAGAAGGGCAAGAACGCCGACGUGGAUCCUUCCAAGCCAGCAGUCUUGACUCUGUACGUUGCGACAAAGUUCCCAGACUGGCAAGAUCAGUACAUCGAGCUUGUUCGUGAGGCCUUCGCCAAGCAGAGUCUCAACGACAAUGCCUUUUUCAAGGAGAAGACCGGUAAGGAUAUGAAGCGUGCCAUGCCUUUCAUAUCUGAGUUGAAGAAGCGUUUGGCUGUGGAAUCAGCAGAGAAGGUGUUCAACAGAGAGCUUUCGUUUGACGAGGCCGGCACGGUCAAGGCCGUUUUGGAGGUCUUGAAGAAGGCUGCUGUUGCUGUCGACGUGAAGGAGAUCAGAGCUGUUUCGUUUGAGAGCGGUUCCAAGGUCGGUACGGACAUCGUUACUGGAGAAAAGGUUGAGAUAACCGUUACUGGUAAGACCAUAGAUUCGGCUGUCCCAGGUGAGCCUGGCAUCACCGUUUUCAACUUAUAA